CGGCAUAGUUUUGAAAUGGACUGUAGAGUACUCUAACUUCCGCUGAGUCGUAAUAAUACAACCAGAUAAUUAUGUGAUCUUGUUCGUAAGCUCCACGUGGAGGAUGACUCUUCCAAGCUUCACGAUUGCAUUGAUGAAUGGCUGCAGUAAUACCUUUUCAAAUUUUUGUUUCUCAAGCCAAAAGUUCUGCAGAUGUUUGCUGGUAUUUUCGGACAGCUCGUCGGCUUGUCGUUGUGAUCAUACGUGCUGGUGUUGUGUAGAGAGUACUGGGUUCUAGACUAGUAAUUUUCUCGACACAGGGUCGAACAGGUCCGCGGCGUAAUGUUCUCCAAACUCCUCUUUGGCAUAUCAGUGAUUGUCCUCAUUACAGAAGUUGUGCUGGCAAUAUUCCAUGUAGUCGCAUUAGCAGUGAGCUUUGUAUCUUUACAUGGCACGUUCAAGAGAAAGAAAGACCAGAGCAUUCACCAUGCUGUGUCGAUCAUCAAGCCGUUGCUCGGGGCUGAUGGCCAAGAGGAAGUCAAUUUAGAAUCAUUUUUCCAGCUAGACUAUGAAAUUGAUAGAUUUGAGCUGUUGAUGUGUGUUGAAAGUAAAGAAGACCCGGUCAUCCCCAUUGUGCAGCGUCUGCAACAGAAAUACCCCAACGUCCGCUCUCAACUCUUCAUUGGAGCUAAGAAUGUUGGACUCAAUCCGAAAAUUAACAAUAUGGUACGGGCAGUUGAAGCAGCAAGGUGUCCUUGGCUGUGGAUUGCGGACAGUGGCAUAUACGCAAAACACGACAGCCUACAGGAAAUGGUGCGGUGUGUGGCUCCUGAAGUUGGCCUCAUUCAUCAGCUGCCUUUUACAACCUACGGCAAUAGCUUCACCUCCUAUUUGAAUACGGCUUUCUUUGGCACGUCGCACGCACGAGCCAUUCUGGUCAGUCACCCACUUAACUUGCGCUGCAUCAAUGGGAUGUCAUGCAUGAUCCGCAAGGGAGCACUGGAGCAAGUAGGAGGUCUGGAGAAGUUUUCAGCGUAUGUAGCCGAGGAUCACUUCCUGGUCAAUGCCAUCAUGAACAAAGGCUGGAAGGCAGCGAUGUGCACUGCCCCUGCCCUGCAGAACCAUGGACGGGUCACUCUCAGCUGGUUCUUUGAUAGGCUGAUAAGGUGGACACGGCUGAGAUUCACAAUGUUGACUUUCCUCACCCUGCUGGAACCGUUCACGGAGAUGUUCGUGAUGGGUGCUGCUGUAGCUGCGGCUGUUUCCCACCUGUUCCUGUUUCCAUUCUGGAUUGCUUUUGGAAUUCACGUGGCAUGGUGGGCAUUGUCGGACUUCUUUCUUCUUCACCGCUUACUGAACGAAUGGCCCAAGCCCAAAUCUCUGCGCUUGUUCUUGCCCUACUGGUUUCGCCAGCUGACCGCCUUCCCUCUUUUCCUCUUCGCUCUUAGUAGCCGCAGAGUGUUCUGGGGGCGUCAGCGCUACAAGCUGCUCUUCAACGGCAGAGCUGUUGUAGCCCAUGACGAGCAGGCCCGAAGCACAACAAAAGCGUGAUGCUUCACUAACAGCCACAUUCACAAUGGCCCAGGGUGCUCUCGUUCUACACACCCUCUCGUCUUGUGGAGCAAAGGCACGCUGCUCUGAGAGGGCAACACCACUGCCAUACGCUGGGCUGGUUGCUCCUGAGCAACUACGGCCGCACAAUGAAUCUACGCUUCUUGAUCCAGUCAUUAAUUCCCAGUUCUCUAAGUUAUUCGUUGCCAGUGAAUAGCAGCAAUAUUCAAGAAUGCACGCAGCGUACAUGAAGAGACAGAAAUGCUGGGGCGUACCGCAAAGCCACACUAGAAUCAAACUGCUAGCCAAUGUCAAGCUCACUACAAUUGAAAGGGUUAUUACCAUACACAUGUACUCAUGUUUAGGUUUUUAUCAGCACAACAGGGGUUUUCAGGUUUCAUCUAUAUUUCUGUUCCUGUGAUUUUGAAGUAGGCUGUUCAUCGUUUGUGUACCAUGUUCUUCGUUAGCCUAGACUGCAACUAUGUCUGUCAUAUUCAAGAUCAACCUCCAUAGGAACUCGCUAAUCGUUUCCCCGGCGGUAUGAAGUUUACAUCAUGUUGUGCUUUUUCUAUUAUUUGGUGUUACUGCGCUGCCAAACUUGAGGAGCGUCCAGCUCAAUGUGGAUCAUCAUUUUGUAUUUUUGUGACUGUGUAGUAAAAAAUUAGUAUGUUUGUGCAAUGUAGCUGCAUAGCCUUAGUUUAUUUUCCUUUUUUUGCUUGCUAGCUGAAAAUGUUUCUUGUAGAGUGUCAGAUGUGUGGCCUGUUUCCUUUUUGAACUUAGAUGUAGCAGUGUCGGUGGUAAUGAUAGACAGAGCUGGUUGCUCCCACGUGGAGCUCAUGCGUCCUGCCGAAAUAACUGGCACUUGCCUGACCCACCA